AUUCCGAGGAGAAGUCGCUCCAUACGGAGAGAACGGCCGGAGCGCCAAUGGGGAAAGUCAGCUUUCUUACAAAUAUUUAUACUCCCCGUUUUCUCCUCUCCCCUCCCCCUCCUGCCAAAUCCAUCAAGAACUCCUCUUCCCGAUCUGAAAGCUCCAUUCCUUUCCAUUCUCUCUCUCUCUCUCUCUCUCUCCGGCCGUUUCGCCUCUCACUCAUCGUUUAUUCAGCUCGUUCAUCUGCAUCCAGAACUGUUUCGAGAUUGACGAGAAGCGGCCUUUGAAGAGGAGAGAUUCUUCUUGUAUAUUAUACAUGAUCUUGAAAUAAUUACACUCAUGCUGCCCAGUAGCAGGAUCAGAAGUCAGCCUAGGGCAGGGAUGGAUUACUUAGAUUCAAGAAGGAAGCGGCUUUUUGCAGGAAAAUGUUUCACGGCAGCUUUUCUUACAGUUGUCUGCAUAUUCAUUCUCAAGAACUCUCCUGGUUUCAGCGGCACAAAUGUGUUUUCCCAGCAUGAGCAAGGGGUAACACAUGUCUUAGUAACUGGGGGAGCCGGCUAUAUAGGGUCACAUGCAUCUCUUCGACUCUUGAAGGACUCAUAUCGGGUUACUAUUGUGGAUAAUCUUUCUAGGGGAAACAUUGGGGCUGUUAAAAUUCUUCAGGAGUUAUUUCCAGAGCCAGGGAGGCUGCAAUUUAUCUUUGCAGAUUUAGGCGAUGCAAAAGCUGUUGAUCAAAUAUUUGCUCAAAAUGCAUUUGAUGCGGUGAUGCACUUUGCUGCAGUAGCUUACGUUGGGGAGAGUACUCUUGAACCUCUUAGGUACUAUCACAACAUUACUGCAAAUACUCUGAUUAUUCUGGAAGCCAUGGCAAAACACGGCGUCAAAACUCUAAUAUAUUCAAGCACAUGUGCAACUUAUGGAGAACCUGAGAAAAUGCCCAUAACUGAAAAAACCCCUCAGUAUCCUAUCAACCCAUAUGGGAAGGCCAAGAAGAUGGCAGAGGACAUUAUCCUGGACUUUUCAAAGAAUACUGACAUGUCUGUUAUGAUUCUUAGGUACUUCAAUGUCAUUGGGUCAGACCCCGAAGGAAGGCUAGGCGAAGCUCCGAGACCUGAGCUUCGUGAGCAUGGACGAAUUUCUGGUGCAUGCUUCGAUGCCGCACGAGGAAUCAUAUCAGGGCUGAAGGUUAAAGGAAUAGACUACCCAACUCAUGAUGGAACCUGCAUAAGAGACUAUAUCGACGUCACCGACCUUGUCGACGCUCAUGUGAAAGCUCUUGACAACGCAAGGCCUAAAUAUGUCGGGAUCUACAAUGUUGGCACUGGAAAAGGUAGAUCCGUCAAGGAAUUUGUUGAAGCUUGUAAGAGAGCGACUGGAGUUGACAUCAAAGUGGAGUACUUUGAAAGACGACCCGGCGAUUAUGCCGAAGUGUACAGCGAUCCGUCGAAGAUCUACAUGGAGCUGAACUGGACAGCGAAGCACACAGAUCUUGAAGAGAGCCUCAAUGUUGCAUGGAAGUGGCAGAAAUCACAUAGGAAUGGCUAUGGGAGAUCCUUGGCCGAAUCUUCUUGAGAUUGUAUUGCUCUGCUAAGGGAAUACAGGGAUGAUAGGAUCUUUACUUGGUCAUGGGGAGUCACAUAGAAGGGUAUUUUAAUUUAUUUUAUUUUUUUAACAUUCCAAAAAUAGAAGUUUAAUAAUUGAUGCAGCUAAUUUAAGCACAUAUAUAUUUUCAUAAAUGAUAGUUGUAUCAUGCAGUUAAAUUAUAUCAAAUUUAAAAGAAG